AUGAACACAGAGAGCGAAGUGGAUUUUUCCAGCAACAGCUUAACCCCUUUGUGGCGGAGGCGUUCAACCCCUCAGCCCCAGCUCCUGGGCCGGAGCAAGCCGAGGCCCCAGUCCUACCAGAGCCCCAGCGGGUUGCUGAUCACGGAUUUCCCGGUGGAGGACCGAGAGACGCUCCCUGCGGCGCAGAGUCUGGCCGAAGUGCCCGGCGCCUCCGACGGCAGGACCGUCCAGAGGAGCCCCCUGCUUCUCUGCGCCCAUCGGAGGGCGGUGACCAAUGGGAGGACCGUCUCCCCGGAGUACAGGGCUGUCUCUCCUCGGCUCCGACGGCCCAAGUCACCCCAAGUGCCCAGAGUGGCGUCGGGCAGCUCCCCCAAGUCCCCAGCGAACGGCACAGUGACCAAGUCCGCGCCUCAGCCGCUGCACCCCCGACGGACUCCUCGAGCGUCCUCCCCCUGCAGCCCCGAGGGGGACAAGCCCGGAUUCCCCACCAGCCCCCUGCCUUCGCCGGCUGCAAAUGGGCUCUCCCCAGAUAUCUGCUCCCGAGGCGCCGGUUCGCUGUCCGGCAACAUGGCUAAGGACCCUGAGCGAGGACCCUCGAGGCUCUCUCCUUCGCCCCCCAAAAGGUCUCUGGAACAAAAACUGCCCCUCCAAAGGCUGCCUUCACCGGAGAACGAACUCCUGGAGAAUCCUUCGGUGGUUUUGAGCACAAACAGCCCCGCCGCCCUCAAAGUGGGAAAACAGCAGAUCAUUCCGAAGAGCUUGGCCUCGGAAAUUAAAAUUAGUAAAUCCAACAGUCUGAACGUGGAACCUCACAAGAGACUGCUAAAGGUACGCAGCAUGGUGGAGGGCCUUGGGCCCCCCCUGGGCCCAGCAGAGGACGAGGGCGAGGCGGAGCACGACUUGGACAGCCCGGGGUCUCUGCGGAGAGGCUUGCGGUCCACCUCCUAUCGCAGGGCGGUGGUCAGUGGCGUUGAUUUUGACAGUCCUGGCACCUCGAAGAAGAAGAACAGGAUGUCUCAGCCGGUUCUGAAAGCAGUGAUGGAAGACAAGGAGAAGUUUUCCAGCCUGGGAAGGAUAAAGAAAAAAAUGCUGAAAGGACAAGGAACAUUUGAUGGGGAAGAAAACGCUGUCCUGUAUCAGAACUACAAAGAAAAGGCCCUUGACAUCGACUCCGAUGAGGAGUCAGAGCCGAAAGAACAGAAAUCCGAUGAAAAAAUUGUGAUUCACCACAAGCCUCUGCGGUCCACAUGGAGCCAGCUUUCUGCGGUGAAAAGAAAUGGAUUAUCUCAGACAGUUAGCCAGGAGGAAAGAAAGCGACAAGAGGCUAUUUUUGAAGUCAUAUCCUCUGAACACUCAUAUUUACUCAGUUUGGAGAUCUUGAUACGAAUGUUUAAAAAUUCUAAAGCGCUGAGUGAUACGAUGACGAAGACCGAGAGUCACCAUCUUUUCUCCAAUAUUACAGAUGUCUGUGAGGCCAGCAAAAAAUUCUUUACAGAGUUGGAAGCAAGACAUCAGAAUAAUAUCUUCAUAGAGGACAUAAGUGACAUUGUGGAAAAGCACACAGCAUCCACAUUUGACCCAUAUGUGAAAUACUGCACAAAUGAAGUCUACCAACAGCGGACACUGCAGAAAUUGUUAGCCACCAACCCGUCCUUCAAGGAAGUUCUGUCCCGAAUCGAGUCCCAUGAAGACUGCAGGAACCUUCCCAUGAUCUCGUUCCUCAUUCUCCCCAUGCAGAGGGUGACCCGCCUGCCCCUGCUGAUGGAUACUAUCUGUCAAAAGACACCUAAGGACUCUCCAAAAUAUGAAGUCUGCAAAAGAGCCUUAAAGGAAGUGAGCAAGUUGGUGAGACUCUGCAAUGAAGGAGCCCGGAAGAUGGAAAGGACAGAAAUGAUGUACACAAUUAACUCCCAGCUGGAAUUUAAAAUUAAGCCUUUCCCUCUGGUCUCCUCUUCCCGGUGGCUGGUAAAAAGAGGGGAGCUGACAGCGUACGUGGAAGACACGGUGCUUUUCUCAAAAAGGACGUCCAGACAGCUAGUCUACUUCUUCCUGUUUAACGAUGUGCUCAUCAUCACCAAGAAGAAGAGUGAAGAAAGUUACAAUGUCAACGAUUAUUCUUUAAGAGAUCAGCUCCUGGUGGAGUCUUGUGACAGUGAAGAGCUUAAUUCUUCUCCAGGGAAGAACAGCUCCACAAUGCUUUAUUCAAGACAGAACUCUGCCAGUCACCUCUUUACGCUGACUGUCCUUAGUAACCAUGCCAACGAGAAAGUGGAGAUGCUGCUGGGAGCGGAGACACAGUAA